CUCUCAUUUCCUUGUAUGGCAAAACCAAACACUCCCUACUUAAACUUCUCUUCGUCUCUGUCCUCACUCCUCUCUCUCUAUCUCUCUCUCAUUCUCAGGCUAACAUAAUCACUCUCAGCUAUGGAUUUAGAGAAGAACAACGCCUUACCUGUCACUGAUCCUUCCGACAAGCCAGAGAAGCUGCAAAAUGAUUCUGCCAUGACCAGAAAAGGAGCUUAUGCUGCCAUUUCUUACAUGGCCAGUGCAGUUCUCUUGGUAAUGUUCAACAAAGCAGCCCUUUCGUCUUACCGUUUCCCAUAUGCAAAUGUUAUAACACUUCUUCAGACUCUUUGUUCGUGUUUAUUUCUCUAUGCAAUGAGACGGUGGAAGAUCAUAUCUUUUAGAACUGGUGAAUCCAAUAGAAGUAAUAAUAUCCCUGCAAGCUUUGUACCUUUUAGGACAUUGUUGCACACCCUUCCUCUGGCACUUUCGUACUUGCUUUACAUGCUGGUUACAAUGGAAUCUGUACGUGGCAUAAAUAUUCCCAUGUACACCACUCUUAGGAGAACUACCGUGGCAUUCACAAUGAUUGUGGAGUAUCUUCUUACUGGCAAGAAACACUCCUUGCUUGUUGUUGGCAGUGUGGGGAUAAUUAUAUUUGGUGCAUUUAUUGCUGGAGCUCGAGACUUGUCAUUUGAUGCCUAUAGCUAUGCUAUAGUCUUCAUAGCAAAUAUCUGCACAGCAAUAUAUCUCGCUUCUAUUUCUCGAAUUGGUAAGUCUAGUGGCCUUAAUAGCUUUGGUCUUAUGUGGUGCAAUGGUGUAAUAUGUGCACCAAUCUUGCUUGUCUCGACAUCAAUUAGAGGAGACCUGAAAGCGAUGAUGAAUUUCCCCUAUCUCUUAUUCCCAGGAUUUCAGGUUGUGAUGCUUCUAUCCUGUAUCAUGGCUUUCUUGAUAAAUUAUUAUGUCUUUUUGAAUACAACGCUGAAUUCAGCCCUCACACAGACAAUCUGUGGUAAUAUGAAGGAUCUUUUCACCAUUGGACUGGGAUGGCUACUUUUUGGUGGGCUUCCAUUUGAUCUGUUGAAUAUUAUUGGCCAAUCUCUUGGUUUCUUUGGAUCCUGUUUAUAUGCUUACUGUAAACUCAAAGGGAAAUAAAUGGAAGAGCUACUGCUAAUAUCAGCAUGCUGGAGGUAAAUUGAUAUGGCUUAUCAUUCAUCCCUUCAUGAGAUGAUAAAUUUCAAUUUUAACAUAGCCGACUUUAGAAAUGAGGCUAAACAUCUGGGCAGAUUUUCCUUUGUACGAGGCAGGCUGCUCUUUAAUUUUAUGAGAAGAACAAGGACUAUUUGCUUCUUCAAUAUAUUCAUGACAAGAAAGUGGUGGAUAUGAGUUAAACAUUUUUCAUUUUGUCUAACCUAUAGUGAAAUAAAUAAAUAAUCAACUAUAGAAAAAGAAAAUGCUUUCAGAAGUGGCAGAAUUUUGAUUUCAGUUGAGCUCUUUCUUGGUCCAUGUGUUUUGUCCUCAACUUUUUGCAGACAAUAGAUUUGAUGGCUUUCUUUUGGUUUGUGAAGAUAAUAUCCAUACCUCCCUGUCGAUGCUUAUCAGUACUAGUGUGCAACAAUGUCUUAAUCAUUUGAUUUUGCACUAUGAUUUUUCAUGUUAUAUUACUAAUAUUACAGAACAAUGAGAUCAACCAAUAGUUUUGAACUUUAGCUUGCUCUGAUAAACAACUUCCAUGCAAGUAAUGAUAAGCUUACAGGAAUUCAUUUUCCUUCACUGUAGAGUGUAUGGAUUUCGUCCUUGCAUGUUUUUAUAUGAGGGCUAUUAUUAGAACUUGAAGGGCCCAUAAGCCUGGUCAUUGUCAAACUCAAGUAUGCUACAAACUCUGACCGAGAUAUGAGACAUGUUCAUUCUGUAUCUUGAUCUUACACACAAUUAUGUGAAAAAUCUCAGUUGGGUAGGUUGUGUCUCUGAAGUGGGAUGGUUCAGAUAAGAUCAUGUCUCCCCUUAAAGCGAAAAAGGAAGUAUGAGCUUAUGAUUCAAUUCUGGCUCAAUCUUUUGGAAAAAAUAAAGUUCUUUCUAUCCACUCCUUGUCUAAAAAAUGUUUUGGGAGGUUAUAGGAGAGGAACUUGGUCAUGUCCAAUAUAGAGCGUCAAAUGCCUCAAUGCAGAAGUGUGAUAAGUUAGUAGGAGAAGAAGGAAAGAAUGGAAAAGGGGAGAUCGAAGAUGACAUGGAGGAAAAUAGUUAAAAAAUCUAGUAGUUUUGAAUUUUAAAGU